AUGGCGGAAGGACCUCAAACAAUAUGGCAGAAGAUCGACGGUACCGUCAUUCCGGUGGUGAACCUUGAGGUUCGGGAGGUCCGUGAAGUUCUAUGGGAGAAGAUCCAGGAGCCCAGAUCACAACGGAAAAUCAUCUUAGUCAUAGUAUCUAUAGCUUUGCUUCUGGAUAAUAUGUUGUACAUGGUAAUUGUGCCGAUCAUCCCAGACUAUUUAAGGUACAUAGGGGCGUGGGGAGAAGAGGCCUACGAUCAUGUCGUUACCUUACCUCCCAUUAAAGAGGGCAAUAGAACUAUAAUCCCGACGAAAAUAAUUCCCGCAUCUCAUGAAGGCCAGGAGUCAGCUACGGGAGUACUAUUUGCAUCGAAAGCUAUUGUGCAACUUUUGAUCAACCCAUUUUCUGGUGCCUUAAUCGAUCGUAUUGGGUAUGACAUACCUAUGAUGAUUGGACUUGUCAUAAUGUUUCUUUCAACUUCAGUAUUUGCAUGUGGCCGAAGCUACAGUAUGCUGUUCUUCGCAAGAAGUCUACAAGGGGUAGGUUCUGCCUUCGCCGAUACCUCAGGUUUGGCUAUGAUAGCUGACAGAUUCACUGAGGAGGCCGAAAGAUCUAAGGCACUUGGUAUUGCUCUUGCAUUUAUUAGUUUCGGAUGUCUCGUAGCGCCGCCUUUUGGAGGUGCUCUGUACCAAUUCGCUGGCAAAGAAGUUCCAUUUUUAAUUCUAGCUUUGAUAUCCUUAAUAGACGGUUUCAUGUUACUCCUCGUUAUGAAACCCUUAAAGACUCAACUGUACGAAUACAAUCAACCGAAACCAGUCGGAACACCGAUUUGGAAAUUACUUAUGGAUCCCUACAUCGCGGUAUGUGCUGGAGCUUUGAUGAUGUCAAAUGUUGCGUUAGCUUUUCUCGAACCAACAAUAUCAUUGUGGAUGGAAGAUAAUUUGACCAAAGAUAAUUGGAAAAUUGGAAUGAUAUGGCUCCCAGCGUUCUUUCCACAUGUUCUCGGUGUGAUAAUAACGGUGAAAAUGGCUAAAAAAUAUCCUCAGCACCAAUGGUUAAUGGCAGCCGGUGGACUAGCUUUGGAGGGUCUGUGCUGUUUUAUUAUACCAUUUGCGAAUUCUUACAAAAUGCUGAUGAUUCCAAUUUGUGGAAUAUGUUUUGGUAUUGCUUUGAUUGACACAGCACUAUUACCGACACUGGGUUAUCUGGUCGAUGUACGAUACGUCUCAGUGUACGGCAGCAUAUACGCUAUUGCUGAUAUAUCAUAUUCGUUUGCAUAUGCCGUAGGACCUAUUAUAGCAGGAGAAGUAGUAGAGGCAAUCGGCUUUACAGCUUUGAAUCUUCUAAUCGCCUUCAGUAACUUACUUUACGCUCCUGUGCUAAUGUAUUUGAGGCACAUUUACGACUUUAAGCCUUUUGAAAACGAAGCUAAUAUUCUGAUGGGUGACCCCCCCGACAAGGAAUAUCAGACUUACAGCAUGCAAGACCAGAAACCUGUGAACGGUGAAUUUAAAAACCACCUGGAAUAUUCUAACGUUUCUGGACAAGUGGGGGUUGAAGAGUCAAAUGUUGACGCUAAUGCGGGAUACUCUUACGACCAGUCGUAUCAAGGAGGGUAUCAAAACUAUGGGCAGGGGUAUGAGCAACAACAGCAGAGUUAUCAGCAAGAGUAUCAGCAACAGCAAGGGUACAGUCAGCCGCGGCAGCUGCCUGCGCAGCCGCAACCACCCGCGAGUAAUCCUUUCAGAGCGGCGGUAGCACCAGCUGCUGCACCCACCAACCCCGCUCCUACACCCGCACCCCCCGGCCCUGCUAUCAAGAAUCCGUUUCGGCAAGGUUUCUAG